UAUUCGAUUCAAACAAUGAUUGUGAUGAUUUUGUGAUGCCAUAAUCACAGCUGGUUUCUACUUUUUCCAGACGUUUGACCUGAAAAGAUGCUGUUGAAAUCCUCCUUGAUUUUCCUGGCAUGUUUGUUUCUCAUGGAUACUUCCCUUGAAAAUGACAAGACAACUACAAAAAGAAAAGCUCAGAGGGAGGAAAUGAAAAUCACCCAACCUAAUAAGAGUCUAACCUCAACCGGAAGAAGCGGAGAGGUUUUAAACAGGACAAGAGGAGUCAAGAUAAGAAAUGACAUGGGAUGUACAAGCAUAGGAGGCAUCUGUCAAUGGAAUAGUUACAUCUGUCAGGGCAGAUAUUUAAAGGAUAAAUGUCGGGGAGAGAAAUCACGCCAGUGUUGUAUGCCAGCUUCAGCAUGGAGUGCUCUGUGUGCUGGAAGCCAUUAUAACAGGGUACGAGCUUGUGACAGCUAUGGUUGCGGUGGCUUUAACUCCAGAAGUGAUAGGGGUCUCCACAAGGGAAUUGAUAUCGUGUGUGAUGAUUAUGGCAUUAUCAAUGCUCCUUUUUCUGGAAACCUGGGUGGUCCUGUCGGGAGAGCAGUUGGAGACUCUGUUCAAUACGAUGGUGUCAAACUCUAUAACAAAGUGCACUGUGUGAAGAUCUUCAACAUCCGAUCAUAUAGUUACUUCGGGUCUGUCGUUGAAGGAGAGGCAAUGGGUUACCUGUUACCCCUACAGGACUCCUUCUCUGGCAUCACCUCACACCUGGAGCUUCAGAUGUGUGAUGGGACUGAUCCUUCACCCUUCAUAUGAGACUUGCUCAUGGAAAAUUAAUUUAGUAAUUCAAAAUACUUGGCAGUGGAUGGCUUUAACAUGUUUAAAUGCUUUUUUUUGUUCAGUGAAACAAAGCACCACAAGAUGGCAGCACAAAUCUACAGAAUAACAAGAAAAUAAACAUGAUAAUUUGUAUUAUUAUUAUUACUCUCAGUUUU